CCUCUGCAUCUUCUGGCUGUGCUGGCUUGGGGCUCCUGUAUGAAACCCUGUAUGGGUAGCUGAAAGAGUCCUCAUUGCCAGGAAACCACCGUCUCCUGUUCCAUAGCUUCCCCUUCCCUAUAGAUCCUGCUGUCAGGGGCAAGAGGGAUCAGACUGGAGGUGGGUGAAAUGAUCUUAUGGGCGAUGAUCUUAUGUUUUCAGAAUUUAAAAAAGAACUUUAUGUUCACAAGAGCAGGCCUUUUCUGCAAUGGCUCCCUGUUUGUGGAAUGCUCUCCCCAGGGAGAUUUGCCUGGUACCUUCAUUAUAAACCACUAGGCACCAGGCAAAAACAUUCCUCACUAACCAGGCCUUUAGUUGAUUGUCCUCCCAAUGUCCUUUUAAAAUGCUUUGGGGGUGGUUUAUUGGGUUGGCGUUUAUUGGGGGGGGGGGGUUGUUUGAUUGUGUAUUUUGUGUUUUUAUAUUGUGAAUUUAUCCUGUGAACUGCCCUGAGACUUGAGGUAUAGGGUGGUUUGCAAAGAAGAAGAAGAAGAAGAAGAAUUGCUAUUUUUCUAGAAAAAGAGGUGUCAGAACUCACCAUGAACACCUCCCUCAUUCUCUAAGAAUGGCAAUGGCACCUACCUGAGAGGAACUCACUGAGUUCUGGCUGAAAAGAAGCCCUGAUAACAAUAAUUCACCCAAACCAUUUCAGAAUAGUGCUAUUGGUCAGACAUAGAUAUUAUGAGUCACUUUGUAGCUGUGCUGCUUUUACAUAUUGUUACAAUGUGUUUAUUCAUUUCCCACCCCCUUUGUACAUUGCUUGGGUUUUUCAAACUGCAUUAAAGUUGUGGUGUCCUGUUUAGCCAUCACUCCUGUGUUGGACCAGAUGACUGUCUGCAUCCCUUCCAACUCUACCCUCUGAUAAUUCUGUGAUCAGAAGCUAAUAGUUUCCGACUUCCCGGGUGGCGCCUCCGGAAAAUGGCGGAAUUCCCUUCGGACUGAAGGGAACCCGCUGCACGGAGGCUUGGGUCCUGCCGCUACGGCGCAGCGGGGACCCGCAAAAAACCACAGGCGGAAGAAGCCUGUGGACGUGGGACUCGGCGGGCACCGAGAGCGCUCUCCCCUGGGACAGGAGCCCGGUAACGGGCUCCGGAGUGGGAGGUGCGUGGUGCUGUGAGUCGACUGCUUCCUCCGUGCAGCAAAGCCGCACUGCCGUUAUCGGAGAGCGCUGCCUUUUUCCUGGACAAUUUGGCAUCUAAAAUAUCUAUCCGUGAGUACCUGAUCUUGGAAGAGUUGAACCACUUUUAAGACUGGUGAAUAAACAAAUAAUAUUGGACUUGAAAUUGAACUUAAUUGGGACUCGGAAUGGGAAGGUCUAAACAGGAAGUCGCCUUCCGUUCUUUUGUUAUGUGAAGAAAGCAAAGACAAAAUAUACUAAAGCUUGAAAAUUAAAUUCUAAGAGAACUAGAAUUCAACAUCUAAGAUUUCUGAACCCCCCCUUUGACUGCAGGAGAAGAAGGGGGUUGUAUUUGGACUUUUCAAUCCUGCGGAAGUGAAUUUAAAAUAAAGCAAUUUUCCACCGCCCUGAACCAGGAGCGGGCUGUCAGAAUUGACGUUCUGAAGUUUAUCCAGCUCGACAGUUAGUUAAAAGAAGGGUAACAUUUUGAUUCUACUGUUGCCUCUUGAAUUUGGAAAGGGGGAAUUUUGGAUAAAGUGUUUCUGGAAAAAGAAAGAUUGUUGCUGUUGCUUUUAUUUCUUUAAAAAAAAAAUAUUCCAUCUAGUGGAAUUUAGUGAAAUUGCAACGCAGAGAGAUUAAAAGAGAAGGACUAUUGGACUAUUGUCGUGGGAAAGAAUUUUCUUCGACCUUGAAGGACAAUGCUAGUACAAAGGCUUGAACAAUUGUUCCUGGAAGGUUUUUCAAAACUAAGUGCCCAGCUGGACCAGAUGCGUCAGGAGACGACCUUGAUGAUGGAAGUUACCAGAGCACAGCAGCAAACAAAUGAAAUUCAGUUAAAGGCUAUACAAGCAUAUGAACCUGCUGUAGUGACGGAGGCUUCAGAGAUGGAGGGACCUUUGGACGGGCAAGAUCAGCCUUUGAACUUGAUAAAUGAACUUGGGACAAACCAGAUUCGGAAAGAUGAAAUGUGGUCAGAUUUGGAAAUGGGGGAUGGAUCGACCCCCCUCCAUAUGGUUAUUUGGACCUUCCGAGUCUAGUGAUGGGCUAUCAGAGGAUUGGAGUAGCCGAAGUCUCCAAGCUUUGUGGAAAUUUGAAGUG